AUCAGUUCUUUCUCCAACUUGUGCAGCAGCAUGCAGCUCCUGUCUGCCGUCUGACUUGUGGAGCUGCAGGCCUCUCUCUGUUAUUAUUCCCAACAUGUGGCAAUAGUCACGACCUGCAGCAGCCUAUCGGAAUUUCUGCUCCUGUCGGUAAAUCAGUGAAGGCAGCACCUCGGUCUGAGCUCCGUUGGCUGACAGACUCGCCAUUCAGGCAGCAGCCCGCCCAGCGGCACCGAGAGCGGCAUGGCAACGGCGGGGAGACGGGGGGAGAAGGUGUGGUGAGGGGUGAGACUUUAACCGGACCAGAGAGCAGCAGCGGCAGUGUUUCACUCCUCUCUGACUGGAGGGACGCGGGAGGCUCCGGUCAGCGCUUCACUCACAGCUGAUCAAACGAUGCGCCACCGCCGCGUCUCCGCACAGUCGCCGCCGCUGACCAGGUGUUGGAGCCAAGAGCAGGGACGCCGUUAACGUGACAGCAGAUCAAACUUGUAUGCAGCCCGUGUGCUGUGUGCUUGCACUUCUCUCUGGUCCCGUUCGCAGACGAUCGAGAAGAUGCUGAGCCGACUGAUGAGCAGCAGCAUCAGGAGUCUGGACCGGGAAUGCAACUGCACUGUGAGGCUGCUGGACGACUCGGAGUACACCUGCACGAUUCAGCGGGAUGCCAAGGGACAGUACCUGUUUGACCUCAUCUGUCACCAUCUCAACCUGCUGGAGAAAGACUACUUUGGCAUUCGAUAUGUUGACCCAGACAAGCAGAGACACUGGUUGGAGUUUACAAAAUCAAUUGCCAAACAAAUGAAAUCCCAGCCUCCAUUCACCAUGUGUUUGCGUGUCAAGUUCUACCCACCCGACCCUGCUGCCCUGAAAGAGGAAAUCACCAGAUAUCUCGUCUUCCUGCAGGUUAAGAGGGAUCUCUACCACGGUCGUCUCCUGUGCAAGACAUCAGAUGCAGCUCUGCUGGCUGCCUACAUAUUACAAGCUGAAAUUGGUGACUACGACCCUGGAAAACAUCCAGAGGGCUACAGCUCCAAGUUCCAGUUCUUCCCCAAGCACUCAGAGAAGCUGGAGCGGCGGAUUGCUGAGAUCCACAAGACUGAGCUGAUAGGUCAGAGUCCUGAAACAUCAGAGCUUAACUUUCUCCAGAAGGCUCAGAUGCUGGAGACGUAUGGAGUGGACCCACAUCCAUGCAAGGAUGUGUCUGGCAACCCAGCUUUUCUGGCUUUCACUCCUUUUGGAUUCACUGUGCUGCAAGGAAACAGGAGGGUCCAUUUCCUCAAAUGGGAGGAGGUGACCAAACUCAAGUUUGAAGCAAAGACAUUCCAUAUAUAUGCAAAUCAGAAGGAGGAUAAGAAGAUCAUACUGACUUACUUUGCACCUACACCAGAGGCCUGUAAGCAUCUGUGGAAGUGUGGAGUCGAGAAUCAAGCUUUCUACAAAUUGGAGAAGUCGAGUCAAGUCCGCACUGUGUCCAGUAGUAAUCUCUUCUUCAAGGGUAGUCGCUUUAGAUACAGUGGAAAGGUUGCAAAAGAAGUUAUGGAACAAAGUGCCAAAAUUAAGAGGGACCCCCCAGAGAUCCACAGGGCUGGCAUGGUGCCAAGUAGGAGUUGUCCAUCCAUCACCCACGGCCCACGUCUGACCAGCGUCCCCAGGACCCGACGGAGAGCUGUGCAUAUCUCCAUCAUGGAAGGUUUGGAGUCUCUUCGAGACAGUGCCCACUCGACGCCUGUGCGCUCCGUCUCCCAUGGCGACUCCUUCAUGCCUUCUCGAGGCCAGAUGGUGGAUGGCAGCGAGGCGAGCACGUCAGCAGUCAUCUCUGACGAGGCCUACAGCCCCUCAGACAGCGUGCUGCCCACACCAGUGGCAGAACAUGGGAUGGAACCAUUGGCCCGUCACCUCAACGGUGCUCCCUGCAGCAUCGAUGAGGAGAAGGAUUCGGAGGCGGGGACAUCAAAGGAGGGCCAGGCUGCAGAGUUUGGGCCUGGCAGAAGAGCAUUGCGUAUGGUCAGGAGUAGGCCUUCACCACCCAGUGAUGUAGAAGAGCUCAACAAGUUCAUCCUGAGCGUGCUGCGUCUGUUCCUGGUUACCAUCGGACUGCUGUUCGCCCUGCUGCUGCUCCUCAUCAUGCUGACAGAAUCAGACCUGGACAUUGCCUUCCUGAGAGACAUCCGCAAGACACCUGAAUUCCAGCAGUUCCACUUUGAAUACUUCUGCCCUCUGCGGCGCUGGUUUGCUUGUAAGUUACGAUGGAUGGGAGGUUUCAUAGUCAGUAAGUGAGGUGAAGUGAAAGAUUGAAGAGCCUAAAUGACUCAACACAGGCCUCUACUAAUGAAAAUGGGACAACAAAAAGGUCAGGAGAUGAGAGGGAGACGAGGGAAAAGGAAGAUGACAGCCCUGUUCCUAAUAUCAGCUCUCCUAGGAAGGAGGUUCUGUCACAUGCCACGGACUGUCCCCUGAAGAGCCUUGUUAUAUUAUGUUUGACCAUCACUACAAGGAAAGGAAAUCACAUUUUACUUUAGAAAUUCAGGUCAUCUCAAGGUAUUUUAUUUUUACACAAAGUCCCAGUGACAGGGUUUAAUUUAAACGCUGAACCAGGUCUGACAGACACUCACUUCUUCAACCACAGAUAAUAGUUGCCUUUAUUUUUGUAUUAAUUUAUAUGUAUAACAUUACUGUAAGACAGAAUGAGCUGAAGUGUUGGGGGGGGGGUGUUGCAAGACCUGAGAGUUUGAGUAAAGUUUUGAGAAACGACAACAUUGGGGCCAGUCUAGCUCAUCAAAUUUUAAGUCAACGCCAACAACAUUCAUGAUGAUUAGAGGUCAUUGUGGUCGCUGUUUUGAGAUGGACCAGUGUCAGGGGGUGUUCGAGAAAGUGUGAAAUGGCAAAAUAAGCAGCACUUAUUGAAUGUAGAUGAGUUCUGAUAAUAUUUGGAAUGUUAUUAUUCUUUUUAUACAUUUCUUAGGCAGAUACAAAUACACACCUUCCUGAAUUCUCCACAUGUGGUACACAAACACCACAUCUCACAUAUCGAAAAUAAACAACUGCUAAAACUUAGCUGCAGUAGCUAUUUGAAACUGCUGUGAUGUGGGUGCUGCCCUGUCAGCAGGCUUGAAUGAAUAUUUUUGUAGUAUAUGUGACAUUGUUUGUGGUCAGAUAUCUGUUAAGUGUGCUCACAUGACCAUUUUUGUCCAGACACUAGAGGACUAAUAAAGUUUUACCGUCCGAUGACUAUAAAUUAAGCCUUUGUAAGGACAUAAGUAAGUAAUGGAGGAUAUAGGUUUAAUUUUAGUUGAAUAGCAGCCAAAUAAUGCUAAUAACUACAAUCAACUUUUGUGUGUGAGGAACAGUUGUCACUUUGCCGUAGUUACUUUUACAGUAGUUGUAACGGUGAUGGGACUAUGUGAGCUAGCACUGUAGUAAUAGUCAAGUGUUUGGUUAGACUCCCACAAUCUGUAGAAGGAGUUCAUCUUGAUGUGCAAUACUGUUGAUAUAAAAACAACCACAAACCUUUCCAUUAAGGCAAAUCUGACCUUGUUUUACCUUUGUAAAGUGCAGAAUCAGUGUUAUUUUCCUUCAGUAUAUAGUUAAGAGUUUGUUUUUAGUUCAAGACCGAUGUCGAGUGAAGGUCAUUUAACUUUAUUUAGCCCUGCUGUGUUCAAAUUUCUGCAUUUAUCUGUGAAGGCUAUUUGGAUCAUGUUUCCAUUUUUGUACAAACUGCUGUCUUGGUAACACAUUGAGAUUUCCUCAUAGUGACUUUUAAUGUACUUGAAGUUUUUUUUUUGUUUUUUUUUUUUUUACAGUGGAUAUAUGGAUUUCAGCCCUGCACUCACUCACAAGAGAGCCUAAGAUAAGUUGUGUUUACGUCCUACCAUCUUCAUCAUCACGCCUACCAAAGAAACCUCUGUUGUCUCAUACGUCUGUCUGCGUCAACAGAUGGAAACUAAUAGUCUCCUGUUCUUCUCCAGCCUUAUGAUAUUUCACAGGUUAGCCUAUAGUGUGUCUUCACAGCCCAGAGCAACAGAGUCAAUUCAAACCAUGAAGUCAGUUUCGAUGAUUAAGUAUUUGUCCUCUCUUUAAGGCUAAAAGUGGUUGCUUAGGUUAUAUGUAUGUGUAUGUGCUGUAAGCCAGUGGUGAUUACAGGCUGAUCAGCAAUUAUGCAGCACUAUACCUAAAAAAAAAGGAUGUUUUAUUUAUGCAAAGAGAGGAAUGGUUUAGGAUACUGAUUGACUGAUCGAUUUAGGUUAAGCAGGUGCCUAUAAGUAGUCUGAAAAGUUACUGUAUUUAUAUUUAAAUCUUUCCUACAAUAAAAAAAACCACAGGUUGAAAGCAAAAUACAUCACUUUGAGUCCCUGCAGUGUUAAAUAUCCAGCUUUAAAUGCCAGUUUUAUCUUUGCACAUGAUAAAAAAUGACCAGAAAUAUUACCAACUCUCAGUAUUUCUUUUGAUCUUUAGUUGAAGUUGGAUGAGUAAUAGAAAUAUUGACUGAUAUAUUUCUAUUCAAUAAAUAAAAGCACUCAUGUUUUGGGGUUGAUUUUCA